CGAACUCCGGUGAGCGAAUGCAUGCAGGUCAUUUUGGUUGCGCCCAGCUGUCUCCCCCAGCUGAGUUAAAUCACUGCUCAUUGGCGCAGUUAUCUCGGUCACUCAACCGGCUGUUCCUCUCUGAAGUCUGAAGAAGUUUCUUCAGAUGCCUAGCUAACUUCGCCCGCUUCUCGCUCAGCGUCCUCCCACUUUCUGUUAUCGCACAGGCACAGAUUAGACCUCCUGCCACGUUGCUGCUGAGGCGUUUUCUGUUCAUACGAGGCCCUCAUUUUCCACAUCACACAGGAGCACCCACUGCAGAGGGCUGAGAGCAGACGACGCAGAGAUGUGGGACAGCCCUGAUCGGCGGCUUCUCGGGGGAGAGGGGAAGAUGCUGCUGCUGCUGAUGCUGAGGCUGCUGCUGCUGCUGCUGAGCGCCGCCGGCUGCAGCCGGUCGCUGUAGUCAGUCCGCACAGAGCGGAGGGAGGCUGCUUCAACACCGCCUGUAUAGACCAGAUUGGACCACAGCCUGCAGACAGAGAUGGGAAUUAAUCGUAAGGGAUUCUUGGUUAUUGUGCUGUAAUAGUCCAUCUUCAGGAGGUGUCAGUAAAUCUCUAGACACAUUGGAGUUUAACGCACAGCAUUCAGCCCAGACGACAGUCAGGUUUACGUCACUUCGGGAUCACGCACGCUGACCUGGACCAUGAGCAAUGAUUUGCCUGUUCUGACAAGUCUGACUGAGAACUCCACUGAUGUGCCCGUGUCGGCGGGCCAGGUGGAGAACUAUGUACUGCUGUUGGUGCUGUUGAGUGUUUUUGCCGGGGGGAUGCUGGUCCUGCUCUCCCUGCUGCUCCUCUUCUGUCACCGCUGCUGCAUGGGUGGACGACGCUACUCCAGAGCCAGCGAUGACCCUGAGAAGACAAACACCACUUAUGCUGAGGAUUCUCAGCCCACCCAAGAGAUCACCAUUCGUCUGGAUGAAUCAGACGCUCUCUCAGCUUCGAGCUGUCACGAUGGAGAGUCAGAAAGAUUUGUCUCCACUGGGUCUACUGGCCGCAGAGUCUCCUUCAAUGAAUCUGCACUUUACGAACAGGAGAAGACAACUCAGGACAAAGGACGCAGGUACACUCUGACUGAAGGAGACUUCCACCACCUGAAAAAGGCCCGGCUGACCCACCUUCACCUGCCACCAGCCCCGUGUGACCUUAAGAUCCUCACUAUCAUGGAGUGUGACUCAGCAGAGAGCAGCACCGUCAACAUCAGUGAGACUGCAGCUCCAAAACUGCCCCUCACCAUCUACCAGCCCACUGAUGGAAGAGUCCCUGACUGGAUAGGACAGAGCCUCAGUGGAGGUCUGCCAGGAGAUCCGCACCACUCCAUCAUCCUGGACCAGGGACCCAGACAGGUCUCAUUAGCCAUGAAAACACAACACACACGGUCCCAGACAAUGGAAGCUAUCGGGGACAGGGGAGAGGCUGAAAGGGAAAGGGGGAUGAGAGGAGAGUUGACUCAAGCUCCGGGCCAGACUUCAGUUCUACAUUUCUUCUCUAAACUGCGUCGCCAUGCCAGUCUGGAAGGGGCAGGGCCUUACUUCAGGAGGUGGAAGUUCGACAGCAGUCACCGGGCUGCCAGUCUGGAUGCCAAAGGAUCGCCCAAGAGAAGGCCCUUCCAGAGACAGAGAGCAGCAAGUGAAACCACUGAUCACACCGAUGACGACUCUUUACCUCUCCAAGAUGAGGUCAUUGAAUCUUUUCCACAUACUCCCAUCCAGACCAGUGGCCUCCAGUCCCUCUCUGCUGAGUCUCUUUCUCAUCCUGCAACUACACCCACAUCCUCAGUCUUCCUCAGCAGGCUAAAACUGGAGGCCAUGGUGGAGGUAGGUGGUGGCAGUAGCACCAGGAGGGAGGAAGGCUGUUUGCCAGUAGAAGACUAUCAUGCCCAGAGGCAAGAGGAGGCCACAAACAAUGGAACAGGUGUAGAAAAAGGAACAAAAUUCGGUGCAGUUGUAAGAACAGAGGCAGCAGGAGUCGAGCUAGAAUCAACAGAAGAUGAUGACUUGUUUGGGGCACAAAAAGAGGCUGCCAUUCAGGAAAGUUUUGAAGACAUGUUAAGGAAAACUAAAGACACAAAGACAGAGGGUGUGUCAGCAGAUGUGAGGAAAAAGAAUGAGGCAGAGGUAGAUGAUGGAGAAGACGUGGUGCUGGGAGCUGAAGCCAGGCUAAGGGCUGACUCAGGUUCGUCUCUUUCCUUCAUGAUUCGCCAGGAGAGCUUGGAGGCCCCUCCCUCCCUUUACAGAGACAUUUGGAGCUUGCGAGCCUCUCUGGAGCAAUACGCCUCCUCAGACCAGAGCAGCACAGAUCGGGAGUCUAUCCGCAGUGAUGCCGACAGCAUCUCAUCCUUAGGAGGCGCAGGAGCUCGUUCUGGCCUGGACAGCUGCUUGUCCCAAGACCUAGAUGAUGACCCUGAAGGAGAAGGGGAGGGAGAGUUGUUGGAGGGAGGAAUUAGAGGGGCGUCAGGUGGGGACAGUGAAAUGGGAAGUGGAGCUGGAGGAGAGGGUGAGGCAGGUAACCGAAAGCUUCUUCAAAUGGACAGUGGCUAUGCCUCCAUUGAAGCACCAUCCAGGGCAGCUGAGGAGAUACGGCUUUUUGGGACUCCUGGAGCCCCAAGAGGGAAGACAGCAUCUGAGAGAAGGUUGUUCUUCACCAGCUCUGGAAGAAAAGGUUCAGUGUGCGAGAGCAUCGAGGCCAAGCUGUUUCAGGAGGAGCUUGAGGAUGAGAUGGAAGACAGCACAGAGACAGAGGAGAAACUAAAGGAGAGAUCUCAAGCCGCCAGCCAGUCUCUUACCCUUCAAGAACCAUAUCAACUUCUGAAAUCAUUUCAUCCUCAGAAACUUCCAGACUCACUAUCACAGCUGAUGUCUCCACUGAUGAAGCCAAUACCACAGCCCUCUAGUCCUCACAGACCUCGCCUCCGCCGCCGUGACUACAGCAUCGAUGAGAAGACAGAUGCUCUUUUCAACGAGUUCCUCCGUCACGAUCCUCGGUUUGACCAGCAGGACUCUCCACUGCGCUCCAGGCACCGCUCCAGAGUUCACCUCCGGAAGCAGUGGCAGAGACACAAGCAAUACAGCGACCCAGGGUCAGCAACUGGGGGUAGGUACUCCCCAUCUCUAGAGAGGCAGAGGUUUACUCCGCUGAGAAGGGGUGACAGUGCAGGUUAUCCUCUGGACACCAGAUAUCACAGCACACUCUCACGCAUUGCAAGUGCGGCCGACGAAGAAGCCAGUGAGGUUGCAGCUUGCGAGGAAGCAGCCAAAGAGACCACAGAGUACAAAGAUCCAUCAAUUGAAGGAGCUGCUGGGGAUGCCAUAGAAAGUGCAGCCAACAAAACAUCUGAAGGCUUAGAUGCAAAAAAGAGCAGCUCUGGUUGUGCAGGGUCAGGUGAAGAGGGCAAUGGCUGCCAAGUCUCUACAAAUAAGGACACAGAAAGCACAACUAGCCAGUCUUUGACCACUGUGACAGCACAAAUGAGCUACAUGGAUCCAAGAGUUGACAACAGAAACAACAACAGUAGUCAAACUAUCCUAUCGGAGGUUUCCCUGCAGGCAGAGGGCUGUCUGUCAGACAAGCUGGUCGUGUCAGUGGAAGAGAGGCUCUACGGCAGCCUGCGCAGUGCAGAGAAGCUCAACCAGGGAGGUUCGGAGCGUGUGCUCACCGUGUCUCACACAGCCUCACCUGGCUUCAGUCCCAUAUAACCCGUUAACAAUGCCAUCUUCCUCAUUGACUUAUUUCAGAUCCAGUGCGGAUAGACCACAGACUUGAGAAAAAUGGUCUACAGUAAUCCAAACGUCACCAUGUGUUAGAUACCAGGUCAAUCUCUGCGUCCUUUACAUUUGGACAAAUCUUCAAAAUAAAUAUAGUCUGAUAACUGAUGCAUCAUCACACAGAUAUAUUCUAAAAGGCAGAAGUACCUUCUUGAUGGCCAGUCUCUUCCAGCGAUUCCAUUCAGACCUGAAUUUCCACUGUGACACCAUGUGACUUGUGAUGCCCCUUUUUAUUGGUAAUCAUUCUCAAAAUCAAAUGCAUUCAUUACAUAGCUUUGAAAACGUAAGCCCAUCUUUAGAAAAAUUAAAUAUUUCAAGACUUAACUGUGAAUUUUCAGCAUGCUACUGUAUGUCCAAGCAAUGUGUAUGUGAAUACUGUACAGUUUUAACUUUAAGACAAAAAGCACUUUGAUGGGAAGAAAGACUAUGAUUGAGUUUUCUGUCACCCAUUUCUCUCAUUUUUAAACUAUAUCCUCCUCAAGUGUCCUUCUUGUCUCAAUCACCAUGAGGGUCCAUGUACUGUAUAUGUGAGAGCUGUUGUGUCUGUAUUUGGUGAUAGGAAGAAAAACUCUGACCAUGUAAAAAACAAAACCAAAAAAAAACCCCACGAUAAUUCUUCAUGGUUUUGUGCUUGCAACCUUCUCUCUCAUUAACAGCAUAUCAGCAGAUCUGGAGAUAGCACACUAUAUCAUAAAAGUAAAAACAGAUGGGAUACCCAGAAUACACAGCAAACAUACAUGCAUCAUUUUUAUUGUCAUUUUUAUUUUUAUUGUCAUAUUUUUUCAGUUUUUAUAGGAUCUUUGUUGAUCUUUGUCAUCUAUCCCUGUUCUGCAUGAUAAUCAAGGAGCUUCUGUGGGCUCCAGUGGAGUGUUGUAUCACUGCUGGGACACUUGCUGUUAGGGAGACUGACAGAUGAUACUUAAAGUGACUGACACAGGAGCCUCUCAGGCUUUUAGACUGAUGGUUCAGUGACAGAGAGUUCAGGCUGUGAAAAGUGGAGGUUAAAACUGAACAGCAGUGCCAUUGCCUGCUCCCCAAU